AUGGCAUUUCGCCGAAGAAACAAGAGUUAUCCUUUCUUCAGUCAGGAGUUUCUUAUCCAAAACCACGCCGACAUCGUCUUCAGUUUGGUGAUUUUUGUUUUGAUUGGAUUGAUGUUUGAGGCAACAGCAAAAACUGCAAUACUUUUUAUUCAGCCCCAAUACAAUGUUACCACACUGACACCAGAUGGAGAAGUAACAUUGUAUCACUACGGAUGGAAGGACUGCGCCACCAUCCUCUUCUAUUUCUUUAUUACCAUCAUCCUCCAUGCCUUGGUGCAGGAGUAUCUGCUGGAUAAAAUCAACAGGCGUCUUCAUCUUUCAAAGAGCAAGAACACCAAGUUUAAUGAGUCAGGUCAACUGUGUGUGUUUUAUCUGGUGUCCAGUGUGUGGAGCUUCUACGUUGUCAUAACGGAAGGCUAUGUCCUGCAUCCCAACAGAGUUUGGGAAAACUAUCCACAUGCACACCUCAGGUUCCAGGUGAAGUUUUUCUACCUCACUCAGCUGGCCUACUGGCUUCAUGCUUUGCCUGAGCUCUACUUUCAGAAAGUGCGCAAGGAAGAGAUCUCUCGUCAGCUCCAGUACAUUGCCUUGUAUCUGUCGCACAUCUUGGCAGCGUAUGUUUUAAAUUUGACACCUUUGGGUCUGUUGCUGCUCGGCCUCCAGUAUUUGACAGAGAUGGUCUUCCACACAGCCAGACUUUUCUACUUCACUGACGAAAACAACCAGAAAUUGUUUGACGUAUGGGCGGUCAGCUUUGUGACUACUCGUAUGUGGACACUUACGCUCAUGUUUCUUGUCUUUGGAUUCGGUUUAGCACGUAGUGAUAACCAGGUGCUAGACUGGGAGACAGGCAAUUUUAACACUGUACUCAUAAGGAUGACUUUUCUUCUGCUUGUAUGUACGACACAAUCUUGGCUCCUCUGGAAGUUUAUCCGCUUCCAACUCCGGCGCUGGCGGGAGUUCAGACACGAGCAAGCUGUCCGCAAGAAGGCUGCCACCAAACAAGCCAUUCGGCCAAUGAAGCGGGACUCUCUUGGGCAUUAUGAAAAUGGAGUCCUAAAAGCAGAAAACGGAACGUCUCCAAGGAUCAAAAAACUCAAAUCUCACUAA